CAUGCGCAGGCAGGUGGGCGGGGCAGGGCCGGAGGCUAGGGUGCCGCCUCCUCUGCAACGCUGGCGCUGGAGUAUUAGAACCCAGGGCCCUCAGGGGUCCCCGCGGCUGCCGCGAUGCAGAAAUACGAAAAACUGGAGAAGAUUGGGGAAGGCACCUACGGAACAGUGUUCAAGGCCAAAAACCGGGAGACUCAUGAGAUCGUGGCGCUGAAACGGGUGAGGCUGGAUGACGAUGAUGAGGGAGUGCCGAGUUCUGCCCUUCGGGAAAUCUGCCUACUUAAAGAGCUGAAGCACAAGAACAUUGUCAGGCUUCACGAUGUCCUGCAUAGCGACAAGAAGCUGACUUUGGUUUUUGAGUUCUGUGACCAGGACCUUAAGAAAUAUUUCGACAGCUGCAAUGGUGACCUAGAUCCUGAAAUUGUGAAGUCAUUCCUCUUCCAGCUCCUAAAAGGCCUGGGAUUUUGUCACAGUCGCAACGUGCUGCACAGGGACCUGAAGCCCCAGAACCUGCUCAUUAACAGGCCCCUCUCCUGUUCCUCCCAUCUCCCUCAGAAUGGGGAGCUGAAAUUAGCCGAUUUCGGGUUGGCUCGAGCCUUUGGGAUCCCCGUUCGCUGUUACUCAGCUGAGGUGGUCACGCUGUGGUACCGCCCACCGGAUGUCCUCUUUGGGGCCAAGCUGUACUCCACGUCCAUCGACAUGUGGUCAGCCGGCUGCAUCUUUGCAGAGCUGGCCAAUGCGGGGCGGCCCCUCUUCCCCGGCAACGACGUGGACGACCAGUUGAAGAGGAUCUUCCGACUGCUGGGGACACCGACCGAGGAGCAAUGGCCUGCCAUGACCAAGCUGCCAGACUAUAAGCCCUACCCGAUGUACCCAGCCACAACGUCCCUGGUGAACGUUGUACCCAAGCUCAAUGCCACAGGGAGGGACCUGCUGCAGAACCUCCUGAAGUGUAACCCUGUCCAGCGCAUCUCGGCGGAGGAGGCCCUGCAGCACCCCUACUUCUCCGACUUCUGCCCCCCCUAGGCUCCUGGCCCCUGGCCGCCAGGCUGCGGCCUGGCUGUUUUGGUGCCCUCCCGGGAGGGAUGCACGCUGUGCUGAGCCCCAGCUGUGCUGGGCCCGCCAGGGUGGAGGCGCCCCCGCCGGGGUCUCUCUCCCUCCACGGACUUUAUUUAAUUUCAUAAAGUGGCUCCUUUCCCACC